GUCAGCGUCAAGGCUGUUUGCUAAGUCUCGAUGUUAGCGGGUUUGAUUAGUGAUGCCUAGAGACUCAGACCGACGCAGAGGAACCCGGAGGAGGCGGAUUGACAGUCUGCAGGGCGGCGGAAGUUCUCCGCAUCCUCAGCUGUAAACACACCGAGACUCCUCGGACAGGAGGACGCCUGUCUCCAUGGUAACGCAGCAGCCUCAGCUGCCAUGUCCUCCGUCUCCGUGUCAACGUCGGCCGUUUGCGGCCAGGACGAUGCUGCCACCGCCGCCGCCGUCCUGGCCUCCGAGCGCUACGCCAGCCUCAUCCUGGCCCAGAUGAACAAGAUGCGUCUCCGCUGCGAUUUCUGCGACGUGGGGCUCAAAGUGGGCGGACGCGUCUUCAGGGUCCACCGGCUCGUGCUCGCCGCCAGCAGCCCCUACUUCUCCGCCUUGUUCUCCGGCGGGAUGCUGGAGGCGGAAAAAGACGAGGUGCAGAUCAUCGGCGUGGACACGGAAAUCUUUGAGAUUCUGCUGGACUUCAUAUACACAGGGGCGAUCAGCGUCAGCGUGGAGAACGUUCAGGAGCUGAUGGUGGCUGCCGACAUGCUGCAGCUGAUCGAGGUGGUGUCGAUAUGCGGCGAGUUCCUCAAGGGCCACAUGGACCCCUUCAACUGCGUGGGCAUCUUUCAGUUUCUGGAGCAGAUCGCCUGCAUGGAAAUGCUGGAAUUUACCGAGAACUACAUCCACGUUCACUUCCUGGAGGUGUGCGUCACGGACGAGUUCAGAGGCCUGUCGAAGGAUCAGUUGGUGAGGCUUCUGCGGAGCGAGGAGCUGAGGAUCGAGGACGAGUACCAAGUGUUCACGGCGGCCAUGGACUGGGUCCUGCACGACGUGGCCAAGAGGAAAAAGCACGUCGUUGAGGUGCUGGAGGCCGUCCGCUUCCCUCUGCUCUCCCCUCAGAGACUCUUCAAGUACAUAGAAGGUAUUACCGACUUCAGCCUGCGGGUGGCACUGCAGACCCUGUUGAAGGAAUACACCGAGGUCACAAAGUCUCCCAAAGAAAAUAAGCUGCACAGUCAGCUCCAACCAGCAAAGACGAGACCCAGAAGGAAAGCCAGGAAGUACCUCUACGCAAUAGGCGGCUACACCCGGCUGCAGGGCGGCCGCUGGAGUGACAGCCGGGCCCUGAGCUGCGUGGAGCGCUUUGACACCUUCAACCAGUACUGGACCACUGUGUCGUCUCUGCACCAGGCCCGCAGCGGGCUGGGCGUGGCCGUCAUGGAGGGCAUGAUCUACGUGGUGGGAGGAGAGAAAGACUCAAUGAUUUUUGACUGCACAGAACGAUAUGACCCGGUGACGAAGCAGUGGGCCGCCGUGGCGUCUCUGAAUUUCCCUCGAUGUGGAGUUGGCGUGUGUCCCUGCCACGGGGCGCUGUACGCACUCGGUGGUUGGAUCGGUUCGGAGAUCGGAAAAACCAUGGAGCGAUACGAUCCGGAGGAAAACAAGUGGGAGGUCAUCGGCAGCAUGGCGGUUCCCCGAUAUUACUUUGGCUGCUGUGAGCUACAGGGGUUAAUCUAUGUGAUUGGUGGGAUCAGCGAUGAAGGAAUGGAGCUGCGCUCAGCAGAGGUUUACGACCCCAUCUCGCGUCGAUGGAGCGCCCUGCCGGUGAUGAGCCAGCGUCGGGCCUACGUGGGCGUGGCCUGCCUCAACAACUGCAUAUACGCAGUAGGAGGCUGGAACGAGGCGUUGGGCGCUCUGGAGACGGUGGAGAAAUACUGUCCUGAGGAGGAGAAAUGGGUGGAGGCGGCCCCGAUGUCCACGCCACGCGCGGGCCUGUCGUUGUCGGCCGUCAACGGGCUGCUUUACGCCGUGGGCGGACGCGCCGCCAGCAGGGACUUCUCAGCGCCCGUGACGAUGGACUCUGUGGAGAUCUACGACCCGCACCUGGACACGUGGACCGAGAUCGGCAACAUGAUCACCAGCCGUUGCGACGGCGGGCUGGCAGUCCUCUGACGACCGCCGCUUUGAACUGUGAACAUCGUGGGAGGCGAAGGAAACCGUGGAAACGUUGCACCUUAAAACUCCAAAAAAAGAGGGUUGAUGUUGUUUCUACGUGUCUCCUUUUUUUAACUGCACAGCUCUGGAAAGUGCCAAACCGCUCUUCCUAUCUUUAGUAGGAGUAAAUCAUUUUACUUGAAACAGAGAGUGACAUCAAGCGUGUUGUACAAACUUUAGGCAGGGCUGAAGGGGGCAGUCGCCCAGGGCAACGGGUUUUGGGGGCACCCCAAAGAUUUAGGAUGUUUUUGUAAUGAAUGCAUGUUUUACAAGCAUUGUACCUUAUGUAAAACUGAAAGGCCCAUUUGAAGUGCAGAGUUUUAAUCUUGUUACAAUUUUAUUGAUGUAAACAAUAGUUGAAUAUUUCAAAAUUUUGAAGUUACAUUACAUAUUUUUGUGACAUUUUAAACUAUCUGCUCAUGCACCUAUUAAUGUACUGUAAUUUGCAUGAGUAAAAUUGUUCCCUUUUUUUUUUUUUUUUUUUUAAUAAAUGACAAAAACUGGCCCUAACCUAGGGGCCCUGAUCCUUCUAAAUCCGCCCCUGCUGAUCAGAUGAAGCAGUUUUUCCUUCAUUAACUUCUUUGUCUCAGACUUGGAGGUCAUCACCACUUUGUGGUUUCUGUUGUAUGCAGUGCUUCUACGAUGGCCGACAGUGAAACCAUUGGUUGUUCUUAGUGUCAGAUUCAUUUAUUACUGGAAACUUGAUGGAUGAUGGUCUCUCUAUUUUCACUGGAUGAUUAUUUGUACAUAAUGCUGCUGUAAAUCUUUAUUAUUUAUGUUUACUCCAGUCGUAGGUGGGCGCCGUUACAUUUCAACUCCGAUUCUGAAAUACCCAUUAAAACUUUUCCCACAAUCUGUCACCUUACAACC